AUGGCACCAAUGGAAGUACCCACUCUUCAAAUACCUGGAGACAAUACACAACAACAUCAACAUCAAUCACAACAGCCAUAUCAAUAUACAGGACAACUACAAAAAAAACAAGCAGCAGAAGGAUCAAUAGAAUGGUAUUUUGAUAAAACAACAAAUUGGAUGGGUGAUCAUCCAUGGAUAACAGGUAUAGGGGCAUUAACAAUAACAUAUUUUGCAGCAGGAUUAGUUAAAUCAAAUAAACCAGGUUUAAAUGGUAAAGCAUUUCAUAGAGGAGGAUUUGGAUCAAAAAUGACAGCAAAAGAAGCAUUACAAAUUCUAAAUUUAAAAGAAACAAAUCUAUCAAAAUUGAAAUUAAAAGAACAACAUAGAAAAUUAAUGAUGGCUAAUCAUCCUGAUAAAGGUGGUUCAUCAUUUUUAGCAACGAAAGUUAAUGAAGCAAAAGAUUUUUUAGAAAAAAGAGGUGGAAUGAAACCAAAAUAA